GUUUGUCAACUCAACGAAUAGAACAGCGAAUCGGAAAGAUAUUUAGCGAAAUGGACUUCUAUAUAAUCAUUACCAACAUGGUUUCAUACGAGCACAAAACAACGCAUCGUGAAAGGCAGGGUAAAUAUCCACCACCACAAUAAAGAACAGGCCAACUUAUCAUGCAGGCAAUACAUCGAUUAGCAUCACAAUGGAAUCAGAAACCAGUAUGUUGUAUUCAAAUCGAGAACCAAGAAUUACACUCAAAUGACCUAAAAAGCCUCUUCAGUAACUACAUAAAGAGAACAAAGGGCCUCUGCUGCUAAAGCACACGCAGCUUUCGGCAAAGGGGCGGAUUCCGUUCCUUAUUGGUCGCUCGUAGCUCCACCCCCGAGGGGAUAAAUUUUAUUGGUGGGUUUGAGAGAUUCUCGAGUGAAGAACACCUCUUCAACGCUCUUCAGUGGUGCUUCAGAAGCUCUUGAAGCUCGCGUGCCUAACCACUUUAACCUCCGCAGCUUGUGCGACGUAACAUUUUCAGAUAGGAAAUCUGGAAUUUUCAGUUUCGAACACACAACCAAGUUUCGGUCACUUAGGACAUCAUCAGGAGACUUGCUCGUUCGAAGCGGAUUUCGCGUUUUGCUAGGUGAAGUGCUAAGUUUUCGAAAAGUGGCUGAGAAAGAGAAGCCUCGGAUAGACGGCAUAACUAUGCCGCCUGCCAGUGUUACAGUGCCGUCAACUACUUCAGCUGCAGCUGCACUGCUGCAUUGGCCUCCUUUGCUGCUGCAUCCAUGGGCCUCAGCUUUGUUGCCUGGCGCUUGGUGUUCACCGGCUAUGCGAUCGGCGUUACCAGGAUUGCUGGAUAGUAUGAAAAUGACUGGAACAAAUAUAAACCAACAGAGGCCUGCCAGCUUCGCAAUAAGCGACAUUCUUGAGCUGGACAGGAAUGUUCCCAACACUUAUGAUAAUUCUCCUGCAGAUAGCUCCCUAUUUGCUAAUUCAACGCCCGAUUUGAACCCCUACACCACUCUGAACAGGCACUGGUCGUCGGUGACAGAACCUCUUAGCAUCACCAACCACUUACCUCUCCCAAAUGUAUCACAGCUAAGUCCAGACAGCACGAGUCCCUCAAUAUCAGACCGUUCAAGCGUCGAUCCUUCGAUGAAGGAUCACAGUUCCAGCACCAUCGACCCCACAGCCACAUCGGCAGAUGAGAGGGAAGACGAUGAAGAUGGCCUUGAAGAUGACAAAGAACUGACCGAUGAACACAACAACUCAAACUCGUCGAACCAAAAGAAGAGGAAACGGAGGGUUCUGUUUUCCAAGGCCCAGACGUACGAAUUGGAGAGGAGAUUCAGGCAACAGAGAUACCUUUCCGCACCUGAGAGAGAACAUCUAGCUUCUAUCAUAAGAUUGACUCCCACACAAGUGAAGAUUUGGUUCCAGAAUCAUAGAUAUAAGACGAAAAGGGCUCAGCACGAGAAAGGCCUUCACGACCAAGGAUCAAGCGCGGGUUUACCAUCUCCAAGAAGAGUGGCAGUACCUGUGUUGGUAAGAGACGGAAAACCAUGCGUUGGUGGCCCCCCAAAAAGCGACAACUUGAUGCCGCCUUCCAACAUCAUGAUGGGCGCGCAUCCACACCAUCUCAUGUACAGUCAACCCAGGAUAUGGUGGUAGUUCCUUUUGGAAUAUGUUAUUAUUUACGAAGAUCAACAUCUCGAAAUGCAAUCACUGGAAAAGGCUCUAUUGAGAUGAUUUUCAUUCGAGAUGCGUUUCUCAAUACGAAUUCCGUUUUAUGAGUUUGUUAAGAAAUGUGAAAAAUGUACAUAACUGAAUGUUAGGUCUUGUAUAAAAGUGUACAUAGAUUUUAGAAUGUGAUUUUGUAAAAUGAGUUGGAACAAUCAACUCAGAUUGUCGAAGCACACUUGUUGGUUUUGUAGUGGUUAACCACUGACUAGUCAAUUUUAUAUAUUAAAUGAUGUGAUAGAGUUAACAUAUAAUAUAAAUAUAUAAAUAUAUAUAUAUACUACAGAAUAA